AUGAGUGAAACUUCUGUUGCGGAAAAUAUCAUAAAUAAAUAUCAGCGCGCGCUCAAUACUCGUGUAUUUGAUCCUAAACUCCUUCCUGCAUUUACAUUCUCAACUGUUGAUGAAUUAUGCCAAGAAGCUGUCGAAUCAAAUAAAAAAUUACCAAUGCUAUUAAGGAUCGAUCCAAAUUUAGUAGUCGUUGGCGAUAUUCACGGAAAUUUUGCAGAUAUUCAUAGAAUAUUUAGGAUCUUUGGGCAACCGCCUCGUACAAAGUUUCUAUUUUUAGGUGACUACGUUGACAGAGGUGCUUACUCAUUCCAUUGCAUUACACUUCUUCUUUCAUUACAGAUUUGUUAUCCAGAUAGAUUAUUUUUACUUAGAGGAAAUCACGAAUUCUCUUUAAUCUGCAACAUGUACGGAUUUUCAUCAGAACUUAAUCAAAUAUUUGGAAGAUCUCAAGCAAAUCAAAUAUUUAUGCUAUUUAACGAAGUUUUUAGUUGGAUGCCCAUUUCUGCUUUAAUUGGCGGAGUAAUUUUCUGCGUACACGGAGGUUUAGCACGCAAUCUAGAAAAGGUUGAUCAUAUUGAUCUCAUUCAGCGCCCAAUAUUAACGUUUGAGCAGAGUCCAAUUACAUCUGACUUAGUUUGGUCAGAUCCAGGCGAGAUCAGCGAACCAAUCGGUCCAGGUGUCAGAGGCCAUGGCGUUACAUUUGGUCCGCGCGCUGUUGCUUAUUUCUUGGCCAAGAAUUCUCUAAAGAUGCUGAUCAGAGCUCAUCAAUUUACAUCCAAAGGUGUUCACUCAUUUGCAGGUAACCUAGGCAUCACAGUUUUCUCAUCCAGUAACUAUAAACCAGGCUUGAGAAACAAAUGUGGUGUAAUCGUUAUCGAAGACACAGGAGAACUCCAAUUCUUCUGUCUUGGUGAUGAUGUAGAGUCAGAAACAACACCAAGAAUCAUGGAACUCGAUGCAAGAAUGAUGGGUCUCCAGAAAAGUGAAAAAACUACUAUUGGUAUACCGGAUUCUCCUAUGCACAACGGUGGUUUCCGCUAA